AUCAAAGAAAGGAUACUAAAAAAUAUGCCGCGGAAAAAAACGAAAAUCUCACAGAACUUAGGUUUACAAGAAGUGUUGUUGAACAAUAGAGUUGACGAUGACAUCCAAAAACUCCUAUUUCCGAUGGACCUUAUUCAGAGACUGCUUCUGAUACCGAAAUACAAGAUCAGAGAUAACUUCAUAACCCCAAACGGAUUGUGGGCGAACAUCAUCAACAUUUUCUUUACUUGCAUCGUCACCAUGAUUUUUUUAUACUACACAAUGUACACAAAAAGGAUCAUAGAUGUCGCGGAUGUGGAAUAUGUACAGACUUGUCUGUGGCUGGACUUUAUAACUUACUCAAUGUGCGUGAUUAUUAACUGCCUUACCUGCAUUUUCCAAAGCAAAAAUUUCGUGCAACUUGUUUUAAAAAUUCAAGAAUCUCACAGAAGAUUGUACAGCGAAAAGUUCCAAUCAUUUGUGAAGUUAAAUUGGGUCUUUUUUGUUAUUUUAGUUAUAUAUCAGAUAAAAGAAGCAAUCAUUAUACAAGCCCUUUAUUUUAGGGGAAAUAUGAUUGUAACAGUAAUGACCCAGUACCUACUGUCCAGUAUUGACUUUAACAUACUGAUCGCUAUUCGAUGGAUGCAAUUUAUAAACUUGAAGUUUGAGGUGUGGUUGAAGGAGUUUAGACUUUACACAAACAUCAAAGAGUCUAGUUACGGACGACUGAAGACUGAACAGAUAUGGAAGAGAAUGUACCACAUGUAUUCGUGUAUAACAAAAUGUUACAAUUUGUUUAAAAAGAGCUUUCAGUACGUGAUAAUGUAUCACGUGGCGGAGAUGUUUAUCCACACAGCGUGCUACGUCGAAAUGUUGAUAGAAUUUAACAAAUUGGCUUCGGACCGAUGGACUAAAACAAGCCACUACCUGGGAGUGGGAGUAAUGAUGAUAUGGAUAGUCAAGAAGCUGACCCUGCACACACUCUUGGCGAUGGCCUUGGAGAGGUUCUACAUGAUCCAAGAAAGUGUUGAAGAUAUCUGCUCCUCGGUGCAGGCACGAGGCGCACCAGAUGCUUGCAAGAUGAUGUGCAAGAACAUCCGAAGGUUGAACACUUCUGAAACGGACAAGUUCAAGCCAUGCCUUCUAUUCCUGAUGGAUGCGAAGUUCCCGCUGCGCCUGCUCAGUCUCAUCACCACGUAUAUUAUAGUGCUACUUCAGUUUGCCUAUCUGUGAAUUACUUAAACAGAAGUGGAAGCCUACGUUGUCCCUGGUUUGGGCUAAAAUAUAUUUGUAACAAAAUUAUCUUUCUCAGAUUUUGUAGUUGAUGUUGUAGUAUGAAUUUGUAUUAAUUACUCUGAUAUUUGCAUUUAGACUAAUAAUUAUUUACUUAAAUGAAUAAUAAAACUAAUGUUUAUUUUAUUAUUAUAAGUCAAAUGGCUGGGUGCAAAAGCUAAGACAAAUCUAUACUAUUACAUAAAGCUAAGGAGUUUGUUUUUUUAAACGCGCUAAUCUCACUACUGGUACGAGUUUUAAAAUUCUUCUAAUGUUGGAUAGCCCGUUUAUUGAGGAAGGCUAUUGUCUAUAUAACAUC